GCAGUUACUCGUGAAUCUAUCACGUAAAACGGAGGAAGGAAGGUUGAUGACUCCUAUCGUGCGAUGAGUGAAAGUGUUAAAAGGUCGGCGUCUCGGAUCAAUUGCGUAAGCGACGAAGAUGAUGAUUUUUUCGAGGUGAAGCCCAGAAAAAAACGGUCGAAGGCAUCGAGGAACCACUCCUCGGCGUUCGACUCAGAUGAUGAGUUCGAUGGAUCACCGCGAGAGUUAGUUCCCUUGAAGAAGAUCAAAACGCCGCGUUUAUCGGAGCCAUCUAGUAUCCCGAUAGAGAGGCAGACUACGAAGCGGUUGUCUCGCGAAGAACGUAUUUUCCAAAAAGAGCUCGAGAAAGCCCUUGAAGCGUCAAAGCGCGAGAAUAUCUGUGAUGAAACACCCUCGUCCGGUUCUAAUGAUAGUGCUAUUGAACUUUCUCAAGGAGGGGAAGGUUCACCUGAAGAAACGCCUUCAUCAAUUGUAGCGGAAUCCGAAGUACCUCGUGCAGAAUGCAGCGUUGUUCUGACGCGUGUGGUUGGUGAUGAGGUGCUCGAACCCGAACCGUCCAUUUCGAGGUCUAGCAAAAAACGGGCAUCAACUGGGGAACCCCCGAAAGACGACGAAGGUAGCAAGCGUUCGUCUCCGAAGGUUUCGAUCAUGAAUUCUCCGAAACGGGUUCCAAUGCCAACCGCGAAGGGGAUUCCGGUCACCUCUGCAAACCGAGGUGGUCCGAAACGUGUUGCGAGUGAAGGACGAAAAACUACUGUGGCUAGUGAUAUCAUUCCAGGUCCCAAAGAGCGAGCCAGCAGUGCUAAGUCCACGUUCAACGCUUUUGCGGAAUUCAGUCAACGCUCGGGCAUCCGUGUUGGGCUUUCGAGAUCUUUGUCGAGGAACAACUCCCGUCGUGGGAUGGAAAAUACCGUUGAAGUUCCCGAGCGUGGAGACGCUUUUCCUCCCCUGCUUCAACGGACAUGCGCCAGAAGUGGGUUAAUGCCGAGGUUCUCUUCAGUGCUAUGCCCACUCUCUGGCUCAGUUUCGACGCCGGCGUCGUCGAGUGCUUACGUGCUCUCUUUCGGCUCAAUUCUUAGCCAGGGAAUACGAAGACGUAUUCGUCUUUCGGAUUUUGAUAUUGCCGAAGGAAAGCUAAGCCGAAAGUGGAUCGGCAGGAUGGGGGAGAUGGUGAACAUCCACGAAUAUUUUGAUGCUUUAGUUGUGUCAUGUGACGAAGAAGCCGGUGUUUUACGGGAGAAGGAAUGCUUUGAGACUUUCGACCAGGACAAGGAUGGACUCCUGAGCGUGACGGAAUUCAUUGAGCUAUGUCGAGCUUUGUUCCGAAAUGCGGAAGGCGAAUUCUACGCGUUGGAAGCAAAACAAUUGGCGGACAUCUUCAGUUUGUUCGAUGUGAACAAGGAUGGCUUUAUAGACCCGGCUGAGUUUAAGGUUUGUUGGAUGAAGUGGAUCACCGUAGUGUGCUGGCCCAGAUCUGCCCUUCUUGUGAUAGACGUGCAAAAUGACUUCAUCUCUGGGUCACUGGCCAUCUGCCACUGCCCUGCAGGACAUAGAGGCGAGGAGGUUGUGCCGGCCGUCAACCAUCUCGUGAACACGAUCAAGUUCAACGUUGUGGUUUACAGCUUUGACUGGCAUCCCGAAAAUCACAUUUCCUUUGCAUCAAAUGCUCGAAUGCGGCAAAUGCAUCCAUCGUCGAAGAUUGAUGGAGACACGGCGACUGUUGGGGACACGGUUGUGUUCGCUGGACCUCCGGCAACGGAACAAAAGCUGUGGCCCGUACACUGUAUUCAGGGAUCCUGGGGAUCAGAGCUACACAAAGACCUCACGGUUGCGGAAGGGGCUAUAUUUGUGUACAAAGGAAGCAAUCCUGAAAUCGACUCUUAUUCCGCAUUUUGGGAUAACAACAAGGUUUCAGAAACCGAGUUGCACCACAUGUUACAAAGUCGUGGCAUAACCGAUGUAUAUUGCACGGGCAUUGCUUACGAUUAUUGUGUUGGAUUCACCGCGAAGCACUCCGUUGAGAAAAUGUAUCGAACCAUAUUGAUCGACGACGCAACGCGGGGAAUUGCCAUGGAGGACAUCCGGAAGACGCAAGACUUCCUUCGUUCCCAGCACUCUGUGAUCGUCCAAUCAGAAAAGGUGCCUGGCAUGGUAAGCGGUCGUGACAGAAAUCCGAUCCUGGGUUACAGCUGCGCCAAGAAAAUCGCUUUGGAAGCAUAGGACUCGGCUUUCUGAGUGUUUCCAUUCUGCUUUCGUAGGCUUGUGACGCGCGUGAAAAAGGUGGUAGUUCGCUUUUUGUGUUGUUUUGAUCUUCCCGCGUUCCACUAGUCUUGUUGAUGGGAUCUCACUUCAUGGCGAAUUUCUCUAUUUAUGCAGACUAUGUGUCUGUGCACCGAAGGUUGGAAUUUUCUUCUGCUUCAUUCAAAAUUAUAUUCAUCAGAUUUUUUCGGGCAGAGUUCUUGUGCGUCUGCAAAAGCUGAUUCUCUUUUUCGGAUCUCUUCCCAAAAUUGGUUUCACCAGUGGAGAAUGGCGAUUAAAUUUAUUGAAAGUUAUCUUCGCUAACUUGAGCCAAGCCACUUCUUCGUUUUUUUUUUUUUUUUUUUUUUUUUCGAUUU